UGGAGAACCUGUUUACAGGUGGCACAGUCUAGAAUCUCAGUACCAGCACAUGGAAGGUGGAGGCAGGAAAAUCAGGAGUUCAAGGCUCUCCCAGAAAAGUAAGAUCACCAUGGCUCUGGAGAAGUCCGUUGUCCUGUUUCCACUGCUAGUCCUUGUGCUGAUGGUCCUAGGAUGCGUUCAGCCCUGUCUGGGAAGGGAAUCGAAGGCCAAGAAGUUCCAGCGGCAGCACAUGGACUCAGACAGCUCCUCCCACCACAGCCCUACCUACUGCAAUGAAAUGAUGAGGCGACGUAAUAUGACAAAGGGAUCCUGUAAGCCAGUGAACACCUUUGUGCAUGAGCCCCUGGGUGAUGUCCAGGCUGUCUGCCUCCAGCAACAGGUCUCCUGCAAGAACGGGCAAACCAACUGCUACAAGAGCAGCUCCAGCAUGCGCAUCACAGACUGCCGCCGGACAGGCAGCUCCAAGUAUCCCAACUGCGCAUAUACGACUACUGAUAAAGAGAAACACAUCAUUGUGGCCUGCGAGGGAAACCCCUCUGUGCCAGUCCACUUUGAUGCAACAGUGUAGGCAACCUCCUAGUCCAGACCAGUGAGAUGUCUCUCUCCCCAUAUUUCAGCCUCAUCAUUCCAUCAUCUGUCUCUCCUCUUCCUUUCUGGUCCUGAAAGAAGUACCUCCAGUGAGAACCCCUGUCCAACACAAACAUGACUCCCUCCUCUGCAUCUUGUUCCUUCCUGCUCCUUUCAAUAAAACAGUUGCACCCAUCUGAUGCCUGAGCGUCUCUUCCAGGCAAGGGAUAAGAACGUAAUUAGAAGUGGUUUUGCUGAAUAGAAAAUGGAGUCAUUACUGCCUUCCCUUUUGACCUUGGGACUGCAGUGACCUGAGAAAAUUUCUUCCUCAUGGAUUCCUUGAGUUCAAGCAUGAAACCUUUAAGUGUGGGCUGUUGUAGUCUGGGUCACUGUCCUAGAGGGUGAACUGACCGAGGGUAAGGACCAAGGCCAUUAUUCUCUGACACAUGGAAGCAGGGAGGAAGGUGAGAUGGUCCCUGAGUCACCCUUGAUAGCAGUGUGGGGAGGAGGAGUCUGUGAAAACAUGAUCCUAAUUACCCUUUCUCUUUUGGUUGAAUGACUAAGAAAAUGGUUCUCUUAUUAUAAUGUAAGAACUUUAAACCUUACAGGUUGACGAGGCUUUUAAAAUCAUGGAGCUGAGGGACUACAAGUAGAUUUCAGCUUGUCUACGAACUCAAAUCAGAAGUGCCUGUUUAGAAUGCUGUAGAAAGAAAAUCCUCAACAGAUCUAUGUUUCCCCUUCAGCCUCUGCACCCCAGCCUCUGCUGUCAGCGUAAGGACACAUAAGGGAGCAUGUAACACCCACAAGCUCACUCUGGUCUCUUGUGAUCCUCACCUUUUAAAGGACUUGCUCAUGGCACACUGCCAGUGGCACAAUGAGACUAGAGCCCAGGUCUCCUGACUUUCCAGUUUCUACUGCUGGAGUAGAACUCAAGAAGAAUAUUCCUGACCUCCCUCCUCUAGGUGCUGUUGGUGUGGUGGCAAUGUUGCUGGCUCACACUCAGAGAGUUCUAGGACACCUUGCCUCUGAGUGAGCCUCACAGCUCCUGGCAAUUCUUUUCUUUCUUUCUUUCUUAUUUAUUUAUUUUAUUUUAUUUUUUUGUUGAGGCAAAGUCUCAUUCUAGCCCAAUUGUCGUCAACUAAAUAUGAAGCCCAAGCUAGCCUUGCACUCACUGUGAUCUUCCAAUCUUAGAGCUUCCCAAGUUCUGGCUUACUUCUCAUUUGUUAAGCAUUUUCUUUGAUCUUCUAUGUACCGUAGCAUCUGGUUUUAGAUAGAGUCAUCAAACUAGGGAAAAAGGCUGUUCUUCCAACCAGUGUGAGCAGUUCUGAAAUUAUCUUUAUGUAUUACAUUUACAAAUGUUGAAAGUGACAAUUUUCUAUUGUUUGCUAAAUGAUUUAUUCUAUGUUUUAUUUGUAGAUAUGUAUGGGGUGGUGAGGAGGUGCA